AUACCAUCUCCGAGAGUCCCUCACUCACUCGUGUGCGAGUCUGAUGGUCGUACGAUCGCGCCCAACUUUUAAAUCCGAAACCCAGUCGUAACGUUAUCGUUUGCCGCCGUUUCAAAAAAAAAAAAAAAAACAUCGAUUCGUCGAUGAUAUUAUUAUUAUUAUUGUUUUUUUAAUUGUCUUAUUUUUUCGUCGUUUACAUUAAUUAUCGAUUCUUCCGCCUUCCCGAGUCUCGUCUCUCUCUCUCUCUUGCUCUCUCGUACCGAAAUUUUUUUUUUAUAUAAUUAAAAAACAUAAUCCGUCGGUUUCCAACAACCGACAUCGAUCGGAAUUUGUUGGAAUUAUUAUUAUCGCACACUGGAACACGGUCGACCUACUGCUCGCGAGCAUCGCACACACCAUAAUACGCUUGUUGUAUUAAAGAGUCGGACGUUUUCACUUAUAUUAUUAUAAAAUCGAUUAUCGAGUUCGGAACGAAAUUUGUUAAAAUUAUUUUUUAUUUUUUCUAAGAUUUUUCAAUAAUCAAUCGCUUGUGAAAGUUUCGAUUUUGUGCGCUUUCGCGAGGAGUUUUUCCGCAAUCCCUAUUAUCAACGUCAUUGGACGUUUGAAAAUGUGUCCAACGUCCGCAAGGAUUUCCCAUUUUAAGGUUGCCGUGACCACGUGACGAACACAAGAUGCGUCACACCGAGGUGGUGGGUUUAUGGCGGCCGACGGACGCGCCGCCAGGAGGAAAGACUCGUGUAUCCCGAGCCACCGACCAAGGGGCGUCGCACACUUCGCACGCCCACAAGUUUGUCAUCAAGUCCACGGCCAUGAUCCGCCAGUCGAGUCUCACUAGGUUCAUCGUCAACAAGAAGAACAAUACAGGAAACGGUGAGAUUCAAUGGUGUUUCUCACAAGUUAAAGGCACAUUGGAAGACGAUGUUACCGAAGCCGAUUUAAUUUCCUGUGUGGAGUUUAACCACGAUGGGGAAUUAUUGGCAACCGGUGACAAAGGCGGUCGAGUAGUAAUAUUUCAACGGGAUCCAAUGAGUAAAACAUGUAUUCCAAGACGAGGGGACUACACUGUAUACAGUACGUUCCAAAGUCAUGAACCUGAAUUCGAUUAUCUUAAAAGUUUAGAAAUAGAAGAAAAAAUUAAUAAAAUUAGGUGGCUCAGACGUAAAAAUCAAGCUCAUUUUCUAUUGUCUACUAAUGACAAAACCAUAAAAUUGUGGAAAGUGUCUGAAAAAGAUAAGAAAAUUGAAGGAUAUAAUACUAAAGAAGACAGUGGCAUCAUGAGGGAUCCAAUGAAUAUUACUUCCUUGAGGGUUCCAGUGUUAAAGUCAAUGGAAUUAAUGGUUGAAGCUUCUCCUAGAAGAGUAUUCGCCAAUGCUCAUACUUACCAUAUUAACUCAAUCAGUGUAAAUUCUGAUCAAGAGACCUAUUUGUCGGCUGAUGACCUAAGAAUAAAUUUAUGGAAUUUAGAAAUCACUGAUCAAAGUUUCAAUAUUGUUGAUAUUAAGCCGACUAACAUGGAAGAGCUCACAGAAGUCAUAACAGCAGCUGAAUUUCAUCCGCUGGAAUGCAAUUUAUUUGUAUACAGUAGUAGCAAGGGUACAAUUCGUCUAUGUGAUAUGCGGUCUUCAGCAUUGUGUGAUAAACAUGCUAAAUUGUUUGAAGAACAAGAUGAUCCAACAACGAGAAGUUUCUUUUCUGAAAUUAUAUCUAGUAUAUCUGAUGUGAAAAUUUCCAAUUCUGGCCGUUACAUGAUGUCUAGAGAUUAUAUGACUAUUAAGGUUUGGGAUUUACAUAUGGAAACCAAACCGAUUGAAACAUAUCCCGUGCACGAGUACUUGCGACCUAAACUAUGUUCAUUGUAUGAAAAUGAUUGUAUUUUUGAUAAAUUUGAAUGCUGCUGGUCGGGCACUGAUCAAUAUAUUAUGACUGGUGCUUACAAUAAUUUCUUCCGAAUGUUUGAUCGGGCAGCUAAACGAGAUGUCACAUUAGAAGCUUCUAAAGAAAUUGCUAAGCCUAAGACAGUAUUGAAACCUAGAAAAGUGUGUAUAGGAAAUAAACGUAAAAAAGACGAGAUUAGCGUCGAUUGUUUAGACUUUAAUAAGAAAAUUCUUCACACUGCAUGGCAUCCAAAUGAAAAUAUUGUUGCUGUUGCGGCCACCAAUAACUUGUAUUUGUUCCAAGAUAAAUUGUAGCCUUAGCUCUGACUACCGCUUUCAUCGUCUUUAAAUGUCUUGACAAGAGGGAUUCUGAUUGCGGGUUAACAAAA